AUGACAGUCUUCCCGACCCCGGGGCCGGGGAACGGCCCUCGGGGCAAGCCGGGGUCCCCGGAGGUGCUCGGACCCGGGGGGCCUGGCACUGGGGCGGAGAAGGGGAGCGGCUCUGCGGGCCGCGGGGCUCCCGCCGCAGGGCCCGCACAGGGGCGGGGGCUCCAGGCCUGGCGGCUUGGCCCCCAUGACUGCCGGGGAGAAGGGGUCAAGCGGGAGUCAGACGUGGACGGAGAGGGAAAGCGAACGCCCAAGAGAGAAGGGAGGGUCCUUGAGGCCGCCCCACAUCCGGGACGUGGGAGCUUAUCUCCGGACUCCCCGAGGAGCAAGCCAACCGGGCCAGAACCCACCCCACCCGCCGUGGGUAGCGAGGGGCGCCGAGCCCGGGCCUGGGGCGCCGAGCCACGCCAGGCGGGGUGGCCUCGCGCCAGGCAGGGCCUAGCGGAUUCCGUCCACGAGGAGGCCCUUCCCUCCCGCCCUGGCGAGUCACGGGGCCGCCCGAGCCCCGCCCCUCGCCGCCGCAGAGCCCGCCCCUCGCCGCCGCAGAGCCCGCCCCUCGCCGCCGCAGAGCCCGCCCCUCGCCGCCGCAGGGACCCGCCCCACGCCGCCGCAGAGCCCGCCCCUCGCCGCCGCAGAACCCGCCCCUUGCCGACGCAGGGCCCGCCCCUCACCGCCGCAGAGCCCGCCCCUCGCCGACGCAGGGCCCGCCCCUCGCCGCCGCAGAGCCCGCCCCUCGCCGCCGCAGGGCCCGCCCCUCGCCGCCGCAGGGCCCGCCCCUCGCCGCCGCAGAGCCCGCCCCUCGCCGCCGCAGGGCCCGCCCCUCGCCGCCGCAGGGCCCGCCCCUCGCGCCGUAGAGCCCGCCCCUCGCGCCACAGGGCCGGCCCGUGCGUUCUCAAGGCCCCGCCCACUCGCUCUCACAGGCUCCGCCCCAAUUCCGCCCCUCGAGGCCCCGCCCCUCCCCGUCACAAGGCCCCGCUGCGUCUCCGCCAGCGCAGGCCCAACGGAGCCGGCCGCCCGCGGGUGCAGGUGCGGACGCACCGGCCAUCACCGCGCGGCGCGCAGCGGACUCGGGGCGCAUCGGCCUGCGGCGCCCCGGAGCGGUGA